AGCCGCGCCCUCGGCGUCCGCGAGCCGCCGCGCAAGGGCAAGCAGAGCCGCGAGGAGUGGCGCGCAGACUUGCUUAACCGGGAGAAGCGUCUGCAGGAGCGGCGGCACCUGGUCAAGCAGGCGUCGAGGGGCUACUUCCACGACUACAACGAGCUGCGGCAGCAGGGCGGCAAGGCGUUCGUCGCGCCCAAGACGCUCAUCCGUGAAGACCUGUCGCUUUACUUCCCCGACAUCGAGGGCGUGUCGCUCGCGACCAAGGGCAAGGUGCACACGACCGACCUGUUCGAGGACAAGGUCAGCCUCGUCGUGUUCAGCAGCUUCCGCUCCUCCGAGGAGCACAUCAACAGCUUUGUGCGACCGGCGUUGUCCGACUUGAAGGACG